UUCAACAUGGCGUAAAAGUGAUAAGUAUCGUUGUCGAGCAUAUUCAUGUAUUUUUAUUAGCCACGACUAUAUAGAUUGUCGCCGUGAAGAAUUACUUUGUGAUCUGCAUGUUUUUGUAUCCAUGGAAUUCAAAAACGUUGUGUAUAUUGCCGCUCGUGAUGGCAAGUUGAGACGCUUGCGUAUUUUCCUUGAUCAUCGCUCCAGGGAGGCUGUGAAAGUGUUGGUAUCUUCACUCACAAGCGACGCAACUCCUCUCUUAGCGGCUGCAAGAAACGGACACCAUGACAUAGUCGAGUACCUAGUCAAAGAAUGCGACGCUUCUGUGACACAAGUGGGCUCAGUGACGUUCGAUGGUGAAACUAUAGAAGGGGCGCCACCGUUGUGGUGCGCUGCCGCCGCUGGACAUUUGAACAUUGUUAAAUUACUCCAUCAGAACGGUGCUUCUGUAAAUGGUACUACCUACACAAACUCCACUCCACUGAGGGCAGCAUGUUUUGAUGGACACAUGGAUAUAGUCAAAUACUUGGUUGAGAACAAUGCCGAUAUAGAAGUGGCAAACAGGCAUGGGCAUACCUGCCUAAUGAUAUCGUGCUAUAAGGGACAUUAUGAUAUUGCAAAAUUUCUCAUUCAGUUAGGUGCCGAAAUCAAUAGGAAGAGUUUAAAAGGAAACACGGCCAUGCAUGACUGCGCAGAGUCGGGGAGCUUGGACAUCAUGCAGCUGCUGCUGACGCACGGCGCCAAGAUGACGGUCGACUCGUACGGCAUGUCGCCGCUGCUCGCCGCCGCCGUCACAGGCCACACGCCGAUCGUCGAGUACCUCGUCAAGCGAGCGGAGGUGAGCCGGCAGGAGCGCAUCGACGCGCUCGAGCUGCUCGGAGCAACGUUCGUCGACAAGAAGCGCGACAUGAUGGGCGCGCUCAAGUACUGGCGUCGCGCGAUGGAGGAGCGAUACGCCGACGCAGCGUGCCUCGUCCGCAAGCCCGUCACCGUCUCGCAGAUCGCCGCCUACGAGAACACGCAGGAGGUGACGACGAUGGAGCAGCUCGACGAGCUGAUCGCCGACCCGGACGAGAUGCGCAUGCAGGCGCUGCUGCUGCGCGAGCGCAUCCUCGGCCCCGCGCACCCGGACACGUCCUACUACAUCCGCUACCGCGGCGCCGUCUACGCCGACAUGGGCAACUUUGAGCGCUGCGUCUCGCUGUGGAUGUACGCGCUCGACAUGCAGCAGGAGAUGCUCGACCCGCUGUGCCCGAUGACGCAGAGCAGCUUCCUGUCGUUCGCCGAGCUGUUCGCGUUCAUGCUGAACGAGACGCGCUUCUCGCGCGGCCAGUGCGUCAACUUCGACGACGUCAUGGUCAUCUUCCGCAAGGCGGUGCACGAGGUGGAGCGCGGCGCGGCGCACCUGAAGACGCUCACCGUGCUCGAGAAGGACGCGACGCACUUUGGCCGCACGCUCGUCAUCACGAUCCACCUCGUGUGCAUCCUGUGCCGCGUGCAGUCGCAGACGACGCGGCCGCAGGAGCACGCGCUCAAGCAGGCCGUCUACAACUUCCUGCGGCUGAAGGUGACGGGCCCGCGCGACUGGACGCCGCUGCACUACGCGUGCAGCAAGCAGACGUCGACGGUCGGCCGCUACCCGGUCUGCGGCUUCCCGUCGCUCGACGUCGUCACGCUGCUGCUGGAGGUCGGCGCGGCGACGGACGCCCCGGACGCCGAGGGCAACACGCCGCUGCACGUUGCCGCCGUCAACACAACGAACGGCAACGUCGAGAUCAUGAAGGCGCUGCUGAACGGCGGUGCGCACCUCGACGUGUGCAACAACGAGCACAAGACUGCCAUGGAGCUGCUGCAGGGCGCCGCGACAUGCGUGGCGAUCUGCCCGAUGAGACACACGUCGCUGCAGUGCCUAGCGGCGCGCAUGAUCAUGCACAGUGAUAUCCCGUACAAAGGGCACUUGCCAAAGCGAACAGAGGCAUUUGUGGAAAUGCACUGAGAUUCAGCAGUCUCUGGUCAGUACAUUCUUUUCGUACGAUCCGCCGGUGCCUGUCAGCCAAGUACUGACAGUGUGGGAUUUUUUUGAAUGUGUCUGAGACACUGCUGAAGUAAUGUAGGCUGUUCUUAUGUUGAACUACAUUGACUCGUAUGUGCAACGAGGAUUAAAAUCGAUUGAUUGAGAUGGCAUCUCAUUGCAUUCACGUGCUGUUACGGUUACAUGACCGUACAUUGUUUGUGUUAUAAAUGUGUUAUUUCAUAUGCUUUAAUGACAUGUAUAGUAUUUAAAAGUUUCACAUUCAUAUAUACACAUCUAAGAUUAAGGUUGGUGUGAAUAGCGAUACUGGGCAGUGGGCACGUAAGUGAGGUGUACCAUGUAUAGUGUCGAUGCUUACAGAAUUGAGCAACGAGUAUAAAUUUUUAGGAAAAUGUAGUGCAUGAUAGAGUUGAUUAUUUGCAAAUCAAUAAGAAGAGUGUUAGUUUUACAAAGUAAAAGUAGUGGGCAUAACUAGCGGUUGAAUUUUAAUUAAAACAAAUAUCAAAUACACGAUGUUAAUAACAUCAUUCAGAAAAUUUGUAUGAUCAAACAUUGGUCAUAGAGAAGUGCAAAAAUGUAAACAAUAAUUGACGAUUGAUUAAAUCGAAUGGACUUUUAUGCUCUUUCACUUGCACUCACAUACUAAAUUGUUCAUAUUUUCUCUUGGAAACUGAAGUGAUUUUUCACUAUCAAAUGUCUGAUUAAUUACUAGUAUACAUGAAUCAAUUGGCAUUUGGUAUAAUAUACAUAUAUGAUGUAUUAGCACAGUUACUACAAGGAACCCUAAAAAGAAAUACAUGCUUUAGUGGGAGGGAGGAAGAGAUUUUGACUAUUCAAUCUGUGAAGAUUAUAAAUAUCAUUGGUAUAUGAAUGUGUAAUUGUUUUCACCGAUUUAUUGAUAUUAAAGUAGUUGAUGAUUUAAAUGACAUUGAAAUUGUGUUAAUUUAAAAUGAAUAAAAUGGAAGACAAUUUGUCUAAAUUUA